GAUGUCGCUGUAGACCGUGAGUUGAAGAAAAUUGCACAUUAUUAAUCCUCCUCCUGAAGCAAAGCAGGAGAACAGAGCUUCAAAUAUUUCUGACAUCAACAAGCCUUGCGUGUUUCCUUAUUACUCGAGACAAUGGAUAAAAUGAAAUGAAUCUUGCCAUUUCUUAAUAGACAUUCUAAAAAAAGUAAUAUUGAGUAAAAGUAACGAUGGUUGUAGCGAACGGUGCUCUCGUUGCCUGGAUGAAGGCUCUGCUGCUGCUUUGUUUGUGGGAUUUGUGUUACGCUCAGCUUUCAUACUCGGUUUCAGAGGAGGCCAAGAAAGGAACCGUUGUUGGAAAUCUGGCAAAAGAUCUAAAUCUCAGUGUACAGGAACUGGAAUCGCGCAUGUUUCAGCUGGUGGCUGGAUCUAACGAGAAGUAUUUCCAGGUAAAUCGGAAAAGCGGAAUUCUAUUAGUUAAUGACAGAAUAGACCGAGAGGAGCUGUGUGAAAGGAGACAGAAAUGCGUAUUGAAUGUUGAAGCGAUUAUAUACAAUCCUCACAAGCUCUACCGCAUUGAAAUCAAUGUACUAGACAUUAAUGAUAAUUCUCCUGUAUUUCUAGAACAAGAACUAAUUUUGGACAUUAGUGAAAAUGUACUUCCGGGGGACCGAUUUCCGUUAAGCACAGCCAAUGACAUUGAUAUCGGUAGUAAUUUUAUAAAAACGUAUAAAUUAAACACAAAUGAAUAUUUUUUACUCGAUAUACAGAGUGAUUCAGUUGAGCUCGUGCUUCAGAAAUCUUUAGACCGAGAGAAAGAAUCGGUCAUCAAGCUCGUGCUGACUGCAGUUGAUGGCGGGACUCCUCCCAGAUCCGGAACAAUGCAGAUAAUUAUUAACGUAUUGGAUAUAAAUGACAACAACCCCGUGUUCACGACACCUCUUUAUAAAGUCAAGGUCUAUGAGAAUGUUUCUGUAGGAACUAAAAUAAUCACCGUUUCCGCUGCAGAUGCAGACGAGGGUGCGAACGGUGAAGUGAACUACAUGAUUGUUGGGGAUGCUCGAAACUCGGCGUCAGAUUUAUUCUCAAUAAAUCCUGUUUCUGGUGAUAUCACCGUUAAAGGAAAUAUUGAUUAUGAACAAAGUCCUGCUAUUGAACUUAAAAUUCAGGCUCAGGACAAAGCACAAUCUCCAAGAAAGUCCAGAUGUAAAGUGUUGAUUGAAAUAGUGGAUGUAAAUGACAACGCACCAGAGAUCUCAUUUACUUUGCUGAUGAGCUCCGUCAGUGAGGACAUCAAACCUGGCACAGAUGUUGCAUUAAUCACUGUAUCAGAUAAAGACAGUGGAAUUAAUGGUAAAGUAGAUUGUAAAAUUAUCCCACAGAGUCCCUUUAAGUUACAACUGUCAUAUAAAAACUCGUACGCUCUUGUUGUGAAUGAAGCUCUGGACAGAGAGCGGGUCUCACAAUAUGAUGUAACAAUUGCAGCUAAUGAUGGGGGAACUCCUUCCCUCUCGAGCAGUACCAUUAUAACCAUUUACGUCUCAGAUGUGAAUGAUAACCCACCUGUAUUUCAUGCACAUGUGAUAAAUAUAAAUGUGAAAGAGAAUAGUCCAGUUGGUGGCCUGUUGGCAUCAGUAACAGCACGAGACUUUGACGUCGGUGAAAAUGCCCUUGUUUCAUAUUCAUUAAUUGAUGCAGAGAGCAGUAGAGUGUCAAAUCUGAACAUUAACUCACACACCGGUGAACUGUACAGCCUGAAGACUUUCGACUACGAAGAAACAAAACGACUUCAGUAUAAAGUUCAGACCACUGACUCUGGUGUCCCUCCACUGAGUAGUAACGUGACUGUAAAUGUUUUUAUCCUGGAUGAGAAUGACAACAAUCCAGUUUUUCUUCCUCCUUUCUCUGACCCUGGAUCAGUAAACAGUGAGAACAUUCCCUACUCUGCUGAAGCGGGAUAUUUUGUGGCUAAAGUCAGAGCUGUAGAUGCUGAUUCAGGAUAUAAUGCUUUAUUAACUUAUCACAUAACCGAACCAAAAGGAACAAAUCUUUUCCGAAUCGGAACCAGCACAGGAGAAAUAAGGACAAAACGGCGAAUGAGUGACAAUGACUUAAAAACUCACCCACUUAUCAUCACUGUAUCAGAUCAUGGAGAACCUUCACUGUCCACAACUAUGAGUAUUGAAGUUGUGGUUGUGGAAAAUAUGGACAGCCUCCAGCCUUCCCUAAGGCAAGUGCCAGUAAAGGAGAACAAUUUUUCUAAGUUGAAUCUGUAUCUGCUCAUCGCUAUUGUCUCAGUGUCAGUGAUAUUUUUACUGAGCCUCAUCGCUUUAAUGGCAUCAAAAUGUUACGGGACAGAUGGCAAUUUCAGCAGCUCCAGUGCUCCAGUGGUCACUACACACCCUGAUGGGAGCUGGUCUUACUCUAAAUCCACUCAGCAGUAUGAUGUGUGUUUUAGCUCAGACACACUGAAGAGUGAUGUAGUGGUUUUCCCCUCGCCGUUUCCACCUGCAGACGCAGAGCUGAUCAGCAUUAAUGGAGGAGACACUUUUACUCGGACUCAAACUCUUCCGAGCACUGGGGUGGUAAGGCUAUACUUUCUUUAGUCUCUUUUUAAUUUGAAGCUUUUUUAUUCAUUUGUUGUUAAAAAAAAUUAUCUUCUUACUUUAUUAUGCUUUGGGUUUGAAUCAAACAAACAUUUCAGAAAUGCACAUCCAAUCCAAUGUGAAUCUAUAAUCUUUUCGAUAUUAUUGUUUGAGUUUCCUUAACAUAGAUGAAGCUGUUUAUGUGGUCUUGCACGAAUUAUUGUUGAUGUUUCACAUCUCUGGAGCAGUGAUGGACGAAGUACUCAAACUUGCACUUGA